AUGUUGUCUAGAUUCGGCUUAGCCCGUAGAUACGUGGGGAGACCGGCUGUCAGAUUCUUGACUACCAAAACUACCAUCACUGACCAAAAUGACGGUCGUGUCAUCACAUUAACCGACCCAAACCGUCCAGAAAUAGCAGACUACCCAAACCCAAAGCCAGUAUUGGCCCAAAGCAAAGAUCCAUAUGCCAAGUAUGACGAUCAACAGAAUAGAAGAAACCUCAAUGACCCAGUGAACAUUGACGACGAUUUGUACGACAUGUGGUCCCCAGAUUACUAUGACUUUGUUUCUGACAAGACUGCCUUGAAGCAUAACGCUAUCUUCUUUUCACUUGUGUUUGGAUUCGGUGCCACUAUCUGGUACUUCCAAUUGAACCCUGAAAAGCCAGCCAUGCCAAGAUCCUACCCAUUCGGAGGUUUGGCCAAGGAGUUGGGUUCUGGUAGCAAGGAAGAUGAAUACUUCUACCGUGUCAAGCCAGACACCACUGCUGAACAAGAAUUGGGCUUCUUAUCCAACGACUCUGAAAUCGAAACCCAACAGAAGGCUUACGAAGCAGCCAACGCUGACUUCAUCAAGGCAUAAACAUCAUAUUACAGUGCCCUCUUAUAGCAUUGAAUACAUAUCACAUAUUCUGAAACUCUAGUGAAUUGCUUGGAACUGUGGCCUAAACUGACCACCGUAUCUUCAUCAGUACUACUAAUGUCACAUUGUAUUCUUACCUGGUGUGAUGUCGAAAGCGUGUUUCCAAGUACCACAAACCUCGUACAAGAUAAUAUAGCCACAGUUUAAUGUUUACUUUCUAUACUAGUACAGUAGUUUAUUCUUGCCCGAUGGUUCUUAUGGCCAUCACUUCAAUACUUC